CCUUCCUGAUAUCUCAAGAGACUGGGAGCUUGAAUCAGUAACAGCAGGUUAAGCCUAUUAGCUUAUAUCUUCUUAAGACUGACUCAACAAGUGCAUGUUGCCGGAAAAAAGUAUAAUACAUUAUUAAAUUAAUAUCGAUCUGAGGACUUCAAUAUAUAUAUAUUUUUUUUACUAUCAAAGAUGAAUCUCAUCCUGAAUAUCUCCUUUACCUUUCUACUGCUCUACACAGUGGAGUCACUACAAUGCUACACCUGUAUGUCUGAGGAAUGCAACGAAACAAUGUUGCAGACAUGCUCCUCAGGAGACAUCUGUUCUACUUCCACCAAACAAUUGGGUCCUUUAGGAACCAGAGUCUCUAAGGAAUGUUCAAGCAUAGAGGAAAGCUGUGUCUCCCUGGCCACAACAACCAUACUGUCAGUGAGUAGUGGAUAUUCACACGCCUCCAAUACGGCUUACUGCUGCAGAACGGACGGCUGUAACCUCAAGACACUCUCUGUGCUCAGUGACAAGCCCAAUACACUGCAGUGUUACACCUGUAACAGUAAAGAAGAUAGAGUUUGUGACACAACAUUAAAAUGCAUCGGAGUUGAAGACCACUGCUUCAACUUCACAGAGCCCACUCAUGAUGGAAGUAAUGAUGAAGAAAAUGUCCCCAGCCUGGGCUGCGCCUCUGCUGAUUUUUGCAGCUUGUUUGAGACACACUACCUUCCCAAUAACUUCCAAUGUUGUAAGGGGAAUCUCUGUAACAAAGCCCUGGGAAUGAGCCUAAAGUCUCCCCUGGUUCUGUUGGGUGUCCUCGUCAUUUCACUGGCCUAGGUAUUGUUGGGAAAAAAAAUUAUAUCUUGAAUUUGUCACUAUUUACUCGGUACCGGAAUAAUGAACCGUUUAAUCACUUUGUAAGCCUACCAAACUCAAUGUUACUUAGUCGUAAAGUCUUACAAGGUCAAUAUUUCACUUUUAUUUUCUCACUUUCUCAUUUCUUAAUUUGUUUUUAAAUUGACCCUGGCAAUCCUAAUAAACAUGUAACAACCC